CGUUAUCAAUAUUAACAAUGUAAACAUUGUCAGCUUUGCAUUUGAUGGCCAUGAUUCAUGUUCACCCGUUCUAUAGGAAGUCUAGUUUUAUAUAGGUUGUAUUUAUACAUUUUAGACGAAGACAAUGAUCUUAGAAGACAAUCAGAGUAUUAUAAAACCAAGGAAUAGUAGAGCAGCUCGCCCUAAGGUUGUUUACCAAUGGACUACACAAGAUGUUCAGAAAUGGUUUCGUCGUCAUUGUUAUGAUUAUUAUGUUUUAUACGGUGAAAAAUUUUUGCAGCAUGAAAUAAUUGGACGAGCUUUAAUUAGAAUUAAUGAAAAUCAAUUGUAUCGUAUGGGCAUUACAAAUCCUGACCAUAGUCAAGAAAUAUGUCGUGAAAUACUUAAACUACGUUUGAAAACAUACAUUUUAGAGUUUAGAGAUCUAGAACGUAAUAAUCUUUAUGAUUAACAUUUUAAUAUGUUAUUUAUUCUAUAUCUAAUAAUUCCAUCAUAUUUAAUAUAUUAUCUGUUUCUCUUAAAACAG